GUAGAGUUUAGAGUUUCGAGCUUGCUCGGGUUCAAGAUUAGAGCGGCGAGAUUGUUGAAGAGAAUUUUUUUAACGCGUCAAAGUUGAUUGUGAUUUAAUUGGUGAUGAAUAAAUUUGGCAAAUUGAAUACUUCGCUGGAUAUUAUUCCUUUGCAAGGUUCAAGUAAUGAGGACAAAAGCAAGAUCACAAACAGGCAGAGAGUUGACGAACUUCCCAGAUCAGUCAUGAGGGACCCACUAAUGGUUUCACGAGUCUACGCGUUCUUACUUGACAAUGAGGACAAAACUUACAUAGAUGUGAACGAGAUUGCUGAUUAUUUACAAAAACGAUACCGUGACUAUCGCACAAAGAAACGCAGUGCCUUUAGGGCAAUGGUGCGCAAGGCGUAUAAUGAGAUUGCUGAUGGCUUGGCCAAAAAGAAUGAUUUCAAUCCCAAUGCUCCUUGGCAAGAAGAUGAAGAUGACGAUGAUGAAGACGUCGAGUUGGAACCGGAUGCUCCUAACGAUACAUUGAACAACCAGCUGCUGAAGAUGUAUAAAAAGAAUUUGGAUGGUCAGAAUGGAAACUCAAGUGACAAAGAGUUGAUAGAUAUUAGUAGUGACGAUGAGCAAGGUAAAAUGGAAGCAACAUCUUCUGGACAUGUCAAGAAGCCUAAGGAAUCCCAAUUUCCUGAAGAGCUCAAGAAUUCAAAGAAGCUCAAAGGCACUAAAGAGUCCAAGGAGACUGAAGAAAACAAGGGAACAAAUGAGCCGAAGGAUAUCCAUAGAGAGGUGAAGAAAAAUCCUAUGUAUACCAGAUCAAGCACUCCCAAGCCUUCGCCCUUGGAAGUAGAUUCCGCACUUCCAAAGGGACGCGUGUCUGAAAUAGUGUUACAAUCCCCCACUCCAGAGAAAGUUAAUAAAAAACGAAAAGUUGAAAGAGAUAGUAAUUAUGCAGUUGGCACUGCAACGCCAGCCAAAAAGAAGCGAGAAGUGACGGAAUCCAAAGUUCAAUUUGCCGAUAUCGGUGGAAAUACAAAAGUUUUGGAAGAAGUUUGCAAGCUUUUGAUUCACAUCAAACAUCCUGAGAUUUUCAAAAAAUUAGGUAUCUCUCCACCUCGAGGAUUCUUACUGCACGGACCACCAGGAUGUGGAAAAACACUGUUGGCUCACGCAAUUGCUGGGGAAUUAGCUGUGCCUCUAAUAAAAGUUGCUGCCCCAGAACUUGUCGCAGGUGUUUCAGGAGAGAGUGAAUCUCGAAUACGUGAUUUGUUUGAGCAAGCAGUAGCAGUGGCUCCAUGUGUCUUAUUCAUAGAUGAAGUAGAUGCUGUUGCGCCACAUAGGGCUACAGCUCAACGAGAAAUGGAACGACGAAUUGUUGCUCAGUUGCUUUCAUGUCUUGAUGAUUUGGGCAGCAAAGAGAAUGGUGAUCGUGUUCUGGUCCUGGGUGCGACAAAUAGACCAGAUGCGUUGGAUCCGGCUUUGAGGCGAGCCGGUCGAUUUGAUCGUGAAGUAUCGCUAGGAAUUCCCGACAGAGAAGCAAGAGCUGGAAUUUUAGCUGUUAUUACAACCAAGCUAGCUCUAGCAUCAGACGUCAGCUUAACUAGGAUAGCUGCACUUACUCCAGGUUUCGUCGGUGCAGAUUUGGUUGCGUUAAUCAGAGAAGCUGCCGUCGCAGCUGUUAAUAGAGUAUUCGGAGAUCUCAAGAAGAAAACUACUGUGGAAACUGAACCAGUUGAGAUCAAGGAGCCGGAAGAAGUUGUCAAAAGUAUUCCAGAUACUGAAGUUUGUAGUAAUGCACAACCGGAUUGUGACAGUAUACCAAAUGGAACUGAAGGGAGUAUCAGCGAAGGCAGCGUGGUGCCAGAAAUUGCGGCGGCAAAGCAGGAAAAUACCUCUAUGCCAAAUGAAUUAGAAUCUCAAAAUGUUGAUCCAGUUGAAGAAACAAAAAAAAUUACUGCCUUCUCAAAGUCGUCAGAACUGACUGAUUUGAUGAUGUGGCUUCACGACCAACCACCACUUUCGGAGGAGUACCUUCAAGGAGUGUUUAUCGAACAUCGGGAUUUUGAAGCUGCUCUGUCUGUUGUUCAGCCAUCUGCAAAGAGAGAAGGAUUCGCCACGGUCCCAGAUGUUACGUGGGAUGAUAUCGGAUCUCUACAAAAUAUUCGUCAAGAAUUGCAAAUGUCUAUACUGGCACCUGUGAGGCAUUCUGAAAAAUGUGCAGAGUUAGGUCUUACGACUCCGACUGGAGUACUGCUGUGCGGUCCUCCUGGUUGUGGUAAGACUUUACUGGCUAAAGCAAUAGCCAAUGAAGCUGGUAUAAACUUUAUUUCUGUUAAAGGACCAGAACUAUUAAACAUGUACGUUGGAGAAAGUGAGAAGGCCGUUCGCCAAUGCUUCAUUAGAGCACGAAAUUCUGCUCCUUGCGUCAUAUUCUUCGACGAAUUGGAUGCCCUGUGCCCAAAGAGAUCGGAAGGUGAUAAUUCGGCGACAUCCCGUGUGGUGAAUCAGAUGUUGACGGAAAUGGAUGGAGUUGAGGGAAGGCGCGGAGUUUUUCUUAUGGCUGCUAGCAACCGUCCAGAUAUCAUCGAUCCUGCUGUUCUGAGACCUGGAAGACUCGAUAGAAUCUUAUAUGUCGGAUUACCAAAUCCAACAGAUCGUGUUGAUAUUUUGAGAGCUUUGACUAAGAAUGGAGUAAAACCAAAACUAGCUACUGAUGUAGAUCUGGCCCAGAUAGGAUUUAGUGAAAAAUGCGAUGGAUAUUCAGGCGCAGAUUUGGCUGCCUUGGUUAGAGAGGCAGGCCUUGAGGCAUUGAAGGAGUUAAUUAACGGAUAUCAAGGACCUGUGGAAGUUGCGAUGAGGCAUAUUGGCACUGCUCUCGACAAGAUACGACCAUCGGUCCAAGAAAAUGAAAUUAAACAUUAUGAAAAGCUACGAAAAAUUUAUUCACCGGUGAAAGAUGAUUCGGAUGUUACUCCGAUGGAAACUCCGAUGGAAACUCCGAUGGAUGCACAGUUGGUCGACACAACAAUGGAAGCAAUGGAAACGUGAAUAUUCGUCUAUUUGUUGCCGAAGUUUUUUCACGAACCGUUUAUCUACGUCAACAAGGCUCUUCGCUGAAUGCAUAUGAGAUAUUAGAUUAUGAAGUUCAUUUAUUUUGACUGUGGUUUAUGAUUGUAUAUGUAGUGAUUAGCGAUUAAGAAUUCAUUGAUUUUUAUUAUAUAUAUACAUUCUUAUGAACAUCCCCGAAGGUCUUGUUGUGAAAGGGUUUAGAACCGAAUCGUUGUAUACGCGUCUCACAAUACAGCCAAAGAUAGUAGGCUAGUGUUGAGUUGUAAGUAUUAACCACAAUGUGGAAAGAUUUACGUAGCCAAUAUCAUUUCUGUAUUGUAAUAUUUGGAAAAUCAAAUUACCAGAGUACGAAUAAUGGAUUUAAAAAUUUC